AAAUUGCCCAUCUUUUACAUUUACAAAAUUCGAAAACUUUUUAUCCACCGCCCAUUCUUCAGUCUUCACAAGCUUUUGCCAACAAGGAGACGAAGAACUUCUUCCAACAACGCCGUCGCAUCCUUUCCAUCAUACUGUGGAUCUAGGCGGGCAUUGCGGUCGAAAUUUGUGGAAAUUGCGUCUGGCUAGGGAUUUGCAAGACUGGUAAGUAUCAAUUUCGCAAUUGCUCUUGAAUUCUAUUUUCAACAACUGAAGUGAAAAUUUCGAGCACCUUUUAUGUUGAAUGCCCGAUGAGUUCUUUGCUUGUUGCCCUGUAUUCCGACGUGCGUCCUCCUUACGUGUGGUGAAAUUGGUAGUGUCAUUUGGUUGCUGGUAAUAUGCCGUUUGCGUUGUACUCGUUGCACUUAAUUUGCAUUGAAUUUUGUUGAGCUAUAGUGUUCUUGAAGUAUGUGAGUUAGUUGUGUUUCAUAGGGUAUUUGCAAUAUGUAAGAUGAGCCUGUGUUAGUAUAGAUCAAAAACAGGUUUGCCCUGUUCGUGUCGGUCGGUUCAUUGACAAAUAAAUUGUGUUUCAUUUCGAAAAAUAGAUACUUUACGGCAAUUGAGGAAACGGAAUGCAUAUGUAAGCAUGGCAGUAGAAGAGAUUUUGUUUGAGGAACUAAUGCACUUCGUCCUGGUGAUUGAUUUUAUUGAGAAGUCAAAAAAAUGAAAGCGUAAGCAUAGAACCUUGGUAGAGCCAUAUGGAAUGAUUCGUAGAAUUCCAGACCAAACUAAGCAUUUGAAUAGGAUUAUUGGUUUUAGUGAUAUGGACUGCAUACUAAAUCUUCGAAUGGACCGGAAUACAUUUGGCCGACUGAGCAAUUUAUUGAGGGUUCUAGGGGGUCUCACCGACAGUAGGUUUGUGACCGUGGAGGAACAUGUCGCGAUGUUUCUUUCUGUCCUCGCACAUCAUAAAAAGAAUAGAGUCGUUAAAUUUGACUUUUGGAGGUCCGGUCAAACGGUUUCACAUUACAUACAUGUCGUGUUAAAGGCAAUUCUAAGGCUGCAUGUUAUUUUGAUGGUCAAACCGACCCCAGUGGCUGAUGAUUCAACUGAUGGAAGAUGGAAAUGGUUCAAGGGUUGUCUAGGUGCAUUGGACGGAACGUAUAUCAACGUGAUGGUGUCAAACACCGAUAAACCGAGAUACAGAACUCGAAAAGGGCAAAUUUCAACUAAUGUCCUAGCCAUCUGUGACCAACACAUGAAGUUUGUAUAUGUCUUGCCCGGGUGGGAGGGUUCUGCAGCUGAUUCUCGGAUUCUUCGUGAUGCUGUUAGCCGAGUUAAUGGGCUGAAAGUGCCGAGGGGUUCGUAUUAUUUGUGCGAUAAUGGAUACGCCAACUCUGAAGGUUUCCUAACACCAUACAAAGGUGUUAGGUACCACCUUAAGGAAUGGGGACCUAAUGUUGUUCGUCCACAAAAUAGGGAGGAAUUGUUCAAUCUUCGUCAUUCUCGUGCACGUAAUGUGAUAGAACGUGCUUUUGGGAUAAUGAAGAUGAGGUGGGGGGUUUUACGUAGCACCACCUAUUACCCUAUUAAGGUUCAGGUCAGACUCAUAAUGGCAUGUUUUGUAAUAAACAACUUCAUAAGAUCAGAAAUGGCAGUUGAUCCAAUCGAGCAAGCCUUCGACAAUUUGCCCAAUGAAAACGAAUUCUUAGAUGGUGAUCACAGUGAACACAUUGAUACCAUUGAACCUAGUGCUGAAUGGACAGUACAUAGGGAUGCUAUUGCACAGAGUAUGUGGCAGGAAUAUAUAUUGCAACACUGAG